GCGGUGUGCACGUGCGGCUCCUCGAUGGUCGCGCGCACGUCACGACACUCAAUCUCAGUCAGAUGCAGGGGAGCAGGGCAGACCACGCAACAACAAAUAUUAGGAACAGGGUUAAAUUGACCCUGGUCUGCCACCUGGUGUGGGGGGCUGUAACCCAGUGAGGAGGCCUUUCUGGGUGGGAGGGAACAUGAUGAGCGGGAAGAGCCUGCUGUUGAAGGUGAUCCUGCUGGGGGACGGUGGAGUGGGCAAGUCCUCCUUGAUGAACCGCUAUGUCACAGACCGCUUCGACUCCCAGUCCUUUCACACCAUCGGCGUGGAGUUCCUCAACCGGGACCUGGAGGUGGACGGGCGCCUGGUCACUCUUCAGAUCUGGGACACAGCUGGUCAGGAGCGCUUCAAGUCGCUACGCACGCCCUUCUACCGAGGCGCCGACUGCUGCCUGCUCACUUUCGCUGUGAACGACCUGCAGAGCUUCCAGAACCUCGGCUGCUGGAAGAAGGAGUUCAUGUACUACUCAGACGUUAAAGACCCUGAGCGGUUCCCCUUUGUGGUGCUUGGCAAUAAGGUAGACAUGGAACAGAGGGAGGUGGGGGAGGAGGAGGCGCGGGCGUGGUGUGAAGAGAACGGCUGCUGUCCUUACUUUGAGACCAGUGCUAAGGAUGACACUAAUGUCACAGCUGCUUUCGAGGCAGCUGUCAGAGAGGUUCUGGCUGCUGAGGACCAGAUUGACCACGCACUACUGAGUAGUACUAUCGAUCUCCAUGGCAACCGCAAAACCUCUCGCACGUCUUGCUGCUGAUUGGUCAGGUGUGGAAUCCACCUUGUCUUAAUCUCUGUGGCUGAAACUUGCCUGAGGCAGGUUUGAGAGCCAGUCAGAUAUUAUUUAUGGUACACAUACUGUAGGUACAAGGUACUGAGUACAGUAUAUCCCCUAAAGAUAAUAUGGAUAAGAUACAGCUGCUCUGAGGAGAGCGGUGUCAAGGAUUCAGCUGGUGUCUAGAUUGUUGAAUUAUUGCUCUAACCAAGGUACAGGCACACUGUAACAGGCACACUCAUCCUUUGUACUCUGUCUGCUUUCAGUAGUGUUGCACAAAAACAUUUUUACCCAGCUUCAGCUUUGUCUGCCUAUGCAGGAGUUUUAUCAAACAGUGCUUUCAGAGCAUUUAUUUUAAUCAAAUUAAUUAAAGUUUUAAUUAAUACAGUGGAAGAGAGAACAUACCAGUCCUCUAUUGAAGAGCACACUACCUUUGGCACAGCAGCACAGUUGUUCAUGUAACGGCUCAACUCUCUGUCCAUGAGCUGAUUUUCCAGGGUUUUAGAAGGACUGAAUACAACAUUGCCUUCUCUUUUUAUCAGAUAGGUCAGCAGCUGCUGGAGAGCUAAUGUAUUUUCUGUGCCCGUCGGUGACCACGUUUGAAAUCCAUGCAGAUAUUGCAAUUGAGAACUCCCGACAUCAGUAUGAUGACCAGUAUGAUUUGAGGUACGAGGAAGUUAAACGAUUGCUGCUCUCAAAAAGGAAGAUGACCUUGUUUUUUUGUUCAGUUGGAAGGGAAUUGCAAGCUUUAAUUUUGCAGCUCUGACUGUAAGCAUUGGGUACGUGCUAUUGCGGUGCUCUUAUUCAUUUGAUUAUUAGAUAAAUUACCACUGCACUACUGUGUAGCCGGAGGUAUCAGGUGUUCGAGCCAGGCAUUAUCAGAUAUUUAUUUCCCCUGAUUUAUGUAUAUGGCCCUGUUUACUAUGUAAAGUUCAGUGUUUCCCAAAGUUCAGAAAUAAUACUGCUGUUGUUGAUGAACUGCUGUUUAUUUUUCUGAGAAACACAUUUCCAUCCUUUGUUUUUUUUUUUUUUUUAACAGACAUUAUUGUCUGAUAUUUACAUCAGGCCUCUGUGUUUGAUCAGAGGCUGAUUAAAGUUUGUGUUCCUGAUGUGAAGAUGGGGUUGUAAUUAUUAGAAUUAACAUUAAUUUUCUAAUCAUGGCAUGUUUGUAAUUUUGCGUCUGCCUUCUUGAUUGCGUGGCAGGCCUUAACAUUCCAGUCUUUUAGCUAUUCUGCAGGUCCCCUGUGCUUUACUGAUACAUUACAUAUGCCUCGUGCUGUCAGUCCGGUCACUCUCUAUGUCUCAGCUGAAUGUGAAAUAGCAUGAGCACAAGGAUAUUCCCAUUACCACUAAUGUGUGCAUCACCUCUCCUGUCCUUACAUACAGUAUUUAGUGAAACUUACAGCUGAGUAUUCUGAAAACUUAAUGAGGUUCACUUGUGUUCAUCUAAAUGGUACUUUACUUUUACGUCAGUGUUUUUAAAAAACGGUUUACUUGCCACAGGUGCAUUUGACUUCAUCCCCUUGGUUUUUACUGCUGUUGGCCAGAGGGCAGUGUUGUUUGCCUGUGUGGUUUUAGAAAAUAAUAUGCCUGAUAUUCAUUCAGUGCUUCAAACUAACUGAGUUUAACAUGGUUUAAAUUCAUUCUUAGCAGUAUUUCAGUCGCUGCUUGAACAGUAUUUUAUAUUGUAUCCACUCAAACAACCAAACCUGUUGGAUAAAUAAGAUCAAAUGUUUUCAUCUCCUGAAUGCACAAAGUCAGCAUAGUUCUCAUUAUGGCCCUGUAUUCUCAUACAUUUUUUGGUUGUGUUGAUGGUCCUGUGUAAUGUCUCAGCCUGAGAUCACAUUAUUUUCCUUUCAAGUCAAGAAUUGCACCAUAUUGCAGUCUGCAUGGAGACUAAUGGAAAACAUUACAAGAGCUUCACUGUGAAAGUGAAUCCAACCCAAUCAGGUACUGUCAUAUUUUCUUUAUUACAUGGUUCUUUGUUUUAAUGUAGGCUUAUAAUGAAUAGCUUAUUUAUGUGAUUAUUGUUUUCUGAAUAGUGUUACAGCGUGCGAGAGAAAGGUUAUUAAUUGUGAACUGAGUUGGGCAUUUUAACAAAAUGGAGCUGUUAGCCUACAUCAAUUCAAAGCAAAAAUGAGGGCUGAAAAUGUAUCAUUUCGCAGUGUUAAUCUUUUCUGGAUUUAACAGAAUACCUUGUUUUCUUACUGCACCGUUUCAGUUUUUUUUCCUGUUCAGAUAAUGUAGCCUACCACAGUGUUUACCUGAAGUCUACCAUACCUGAGGGUGAGUGGGAAUUUAUAAGCUGGUAGCAUAACCCCACAGUAUGUUGCUCUUGUUGCUGUCCUUUCUCACUGCAACCCAGCCUAAUGUCAGUAUUUUUUUAAUGUUGCUGUAAUAUUUAUGAAUGUAAAAAGUAAUUUCUUGGGGCUGUCCAUAUUAAUGGCUUAUGUAAAUUGCAAAGGGCAUUCAUUUUAUAAUAAUGUACAAAAUGACAGUGAACGUCUGUUUCACUCUCAGUGCUCAUCCCACGAGUGCGAUUUAAGCUGUGUGAAAGUUAGACUGUUCAUCUUAAUUAUGUGUUGAUCUAAUGGACAACUUCCCUUACUCCUCUUUUUGCACUACGGAGGAUAAGACUGGUUGUGCCAACCUGCUGGCAAAGCGAUGAAUUCUCUCCAGUGCUUGGCUACAAAUAAAACAUGCGACAUACCAAAUGGA